UGUUCAAGCAUCCGAUCUUAGCUCAGUUGGUAGAGCGGAGGACUGUAGUGCGCUCCAGAAAUCCUUAGGCCGCUGGUUCGAUUCCAGCAGAUCGGACACCAAUUUUUUCUUGUGAUUCCCACUUCACUGUAGAAAAUUUUUGGGAAGUCAUGGCGCAAAGCCAAAAGUGUGCUAGUACAAGAUCAUGAAAUGUUUGGAACAUCACGAAAAAUUUCCUGGAAGAUCAAGGCGAUUGCAGGCUUUCGAGGGAUGUGCUAGUAGAAGAUAAUAGAAUUUUCUAGAACGGUCAAGGUUUAACCUUUGCUUCAUUCAUAGGAGUUUAAAUUGCUCACGAGGUUUUUUAUUUUGGAGCAAAAUAUUUGGCUAUGGCUGGCCCCGAGUGCUGCGUUCCGGCUCCUCCAGCGACGCAUUCGUCCGUUGGCGGCGAAGAAUCCUGGGGGGGAAUCGAUGUCUAUGUCAAUCACCCGGCGUCCUCCACUGCCGCAGUCAUUCUGGUCUCCGAUGUCUUUGGAUGGAAGGCUCCACUGUUCAGGAAGCUCGCUGACAAAGUCGCGGCUGCUGGAUUUGUUGCCGUGGCUCCUGAUCUUUUGUACGGGGAUUUCUUCGAUCCCGAUGCUUCCGGGCCGGUUCAAACAUGGAUUCAAGGCCAUAAACCCCACCUCAAACCACUGGAAGACUGCAAGAAGCUUGUGUCUGUGCUUCAGUCCAAAGGCAUAACUUCUAUAGGCUUAUCCGGAUUUUGCUGGGGAGCCAAGGUUGUAAUCCUUGCUUCCAAGGAAACCACCUGCAAUGCACUUGUGAUGUGCCACCCUUCGAUGGUUACUAUAGACGAUAUAAAAGCGUGCAAGGCACCACUGGCGAUCCUCGCCGCUGAAACCGAUCAUGUAACGCCAGUAGAUAUGGUGAAUGAAUUUAAGAAACACCUCGAGCAUGGAAACCAGGAUCACUUUGUCAAGGUUUUCCCAGGAACUGCUCAUGGCUGGACUGUCCGCUACGAUGUGAAUAGCGAAAACGCCGUGAAGAACGCAGAGGAGGCUCACGAAGACUUUAUAGCUUGGUUCCGAAAGCACUUGCUUUGAAGCUAAGCUACGCUGCUUAUGAUCGAUCUUAUAAUUUUGUGGAUUUACAGACGUGUCAAUAACUGGAAAAUGCAGAUUAAAUAGCUCGCUCGAGGUGA